CACAGGCCUACCUUCAAUCUGCUGCUACUUUUAUGGAAAGGUGGAGGGUGAACAAAUUUGUGGCCGAUUCCAGUACUGGUUACUUGGGUGGGCAUAACCUUACGAAACAAGAAGCCUACUACUUUAACUCCAUCGGAUGGACCGCACCCGUCCAUCUGUAAAUUAGCCAAGUGGGUUGACAACAAGUAGGCUAGAGAAAACCCCAAAUAGGCUAAACCCUACAGCGCACGUCACUGUUGUCGUUGUCGUCGGCUACUGCGCAUGGUAAUGUCACCCCACCCAUGUCCUAUUGAUGGUGAUGGGGCUCCCUGUUUUGACAGUGCACGUGAGGGUCAUUCAUGGAUAACAACGUUGAGGAAAAUGGCUGAUCCAGAGCUAUGCCUUGAGAUGGGAGGUUAUGAUGCAGACUCUUUUGUUGAUCCUCCAGACCCAGAGCUGAUUUGUACCAUAUGUCAGGGUGUUCUUAGAUGUCCAGUGCGGGCGCCUUGCCAUCACAUCUUCUGCAAAAAAUGCAUAUUACAGUGGCUGAAAAGGCAGGAGACAUGUCCUUGUUGUCGAAAGCCAAUUAAUCAUAACUUAAUAUUAGUUAUGUACAAAUUGAGCAGGUCAAUUGGCCGUAUGAAGAUUAAGUGCAAGAAUGAGAUCCGUGGCUGCCGUGCCACUUUUCCACUGGCCGAGCAAUACUGCCACAGCCUGGGCUGCGUGUUCGAGCUGGUGGGGUGCCCGUACCGUGGGUGCCGCGCCCAACUGCUUCGCCGUGACCUGGAGACCCACGCGCGCCACUGCGAGCACUGGAGCCAGCCCUGCCACAUGGGAUGUGGAGCUCUGCUGAGCCAGGGCACGCGGGCACAGCACAACUGCUACCAGCAGCUACGGCUGCAGCAUGAGGCACAGCGGCAGAGCCACCGCGCCAUUGCCGUUGCACUCCAGAGGAAGAUGCGGCGCAUGCAGAAGGCCAUGGCCAACAUGAAGGAGCAGAUCACCUUGAUCUGUGAGAGCCUGGAGGUGAUGGAUGAGCAGGAGGGAGAGGAUGAGGGCAGCAACAAUGAAAGAGACAACAUUAGGUGCUUCUGAAGAAUGUUUUUACCCCUCUUGCUCUGAGGACUAGAAAAGCAAUGGACUGAUUUGUCAUGUUGCAUUCAAAGUUUUUUUGUCAUAAGCACAUGUAAAGUGUACCGAACACAAUGAAAUUCUUAUGUGUGCUUCUCCACAGGCUAGACAGUUAAUAUUAAUAGUGCAAUACUGCAAUAGAAUAAAAAACAAAAUGGAUAUAAAAAUUGUG